CAGACCUGCACUGUAUCUGGCAAUGUUAGUGUCUGCUUUAUCUGAAACAGUGCAUGGACAUUACGGAUAUGUCCAAAUAUUGUGUCAUGCAUCUGUCUCUCCACAAAAUGUUGAGUUUACUUACUCAGUCAACUACAACAAGUUUGAGUAUUUGAGAUACAACAGUACUGAGAAAAAGGUUGUUGGUUACACUAAAUUUGGAGAGAAAUGGGCAGAGGACUAUAAUAAUAACAAGAUUAUACUUGCACAGGGAGAUCGUCUCAUGCAACACUGCAGACUAUUUAGAGAGUUAGUUGUCCCUUAUGCUGAGGAAACAGUGAAACCAGAAGUCAUUAUCCGGUCAGACAGGGAAGCUAGAGAGAAUGAGAAAGCUGUUCUGGUGUGCAGUGCCUAUGAUUUCUACCCCAAACCCAUCAAAAUAACAUGGAUGAGAGAUGAUAUAGUGAUGACAGCUGAUAUGACAUCCACUGAGGAGCUGGCUGAUGGAGACUGGCACUAUCAGAUCCAUUCCCACCUGGAAUACUUUCCCAAACCUGGAGAAAAGAUCUCCUGUGUGGUGGAGCACGCCAGCUCUAAUAAACCCAUGAUUUAUCACUGGGAUCCUUCUAUGCCUGAGUCCGAAAGGUCUAAGAUCAUUCUUGGAGCUGUGGGGCUGUUGAUGGGGUUUUUUAUAGGGGUUGGUGGACUGAUGUACUAUAAGAGAAAACACACAGGCUUUUACAGACUUCCAGCCUGUUUACUUCCUCUUCAAACAAUGAACGACACUGAACAGCAGUAGGUCAUAAUAUUCGAGUCUGCAACAUCCCUCCACACCAUCUGAGAGAACCGUGGUUCGAGGGCUGUGGGACAAUUUUCAGACAUCUGUCCCUUAUCACUGUAAAAAACAAUUUGUUGAGUCAACGUAAAAUAAUUUGUAACCUGGCUGCCUUCAAAUUUUAGGUUCAGUCAACUCAAAAAAAAAAAAGUUUAUUCAACUUGAAAUGUUAAAUUAUACUAAGUGACAACUUAGAUAUUUGAGUUGAAUCAGCUUAAAAUGUUAAGGCAGCUGGGUUACUUACCCAUCUGUUAAGUUUAGCAAACACAAAUAUCUAAGUUGUUACUUAGUAACUUAACAUUUCAAGUUAAAGUCAAACUUUCAAGUCAA